CUGACCUACUCCGUCCUCAACCGAACUCCAGAACCAUGACCUGCUGUGGCUGUUCAGGAGGCUGUGGCUCCAGCUGUGGGGGCUGUGGCUCCAGCUGUGGGGGCUGUGGCUCCAGCUGCUGCAAGCCUGUGUGCUGCUGCAAGCCUGUGUGCUGCUGUGUGCCUGUCUGUUCCUGCUCCAGCUGUGGGGGCUGCAAGGGAGGCUGUGGCUCCUGUGGGGGCUGCAAGGGAGGCUGUGGCUCCUGUGGGGGUUGUGGCUCCUGUGGGAGCUGCAAGGGUGGCUGUUGCCAGUCCAGUUGCUGCAAGCCCUGCUGCUGUCAAUCUAGUUGCUGUAAACCAUGCUGCUCUUCAGGUUGUGGGUCAUGUUGCUGUCAGUCCAGCUGCUGUAAACCCUGUUGCUCCUCAGGCUGUGGGUCUUCCUGCUGCCAGUCCAGCUGCUGUAAGCCCUGCUGCUGCCAGUCCAGCUGCUGUAAGCCCUGCUGCUGCCAGUCCAGCUGCUGUAAGCCCUGCUGCUGCCAGUCCAGCUGCUGCAAGCCCUGCUGCUGCCAGUCCAGCUGCUGCAAACCCUGCUGCUGCCAGUCCAGCUGCUGUGCUCCUGUGUGCUGCCAGUGCAAGAUCUGAGGUUCUGUCUACAAACCUCCUGAAAAUCUGGACCUCAAGGAUUAACCAAAACUGUAUCCUGACAUCCUGAAAAAAGUCUGCAUCUACUCUCUGAAUUUUGCCACGGUGGAGUGCCAAUAUCAGCAUACAGCCUACAGCCUUGAGGUUAUGGGGCAUAUCAUGUCUUGAGUUCUGUCCAAACUCCUAAAUUCUCCUUCUCUCCUACUUUCAUCACUCAGUCUUUCAAGGAUUCCAAGGCUCCAGUUCACUUGCUGGGGACAUUCUGAGACUGGAUAUCCUCUGAACAGAGGCUCUCAGUGGCCCCUGUCAUUCUAGCCUUCAACUUCAUCCCCCUCCCAGCUGCCUGAGCCCUACUCCUUUGGAAUUUAAUCUCCAGGGCAUGGUGGCACUGGAGACCCAUAAGUUAAAUCACAAGGGACGGGAUUCUCCCAUUACUCUCCUGCAACUCAAACAGGAGCUCUCUGUUUGUUAAAUGCUGUACCUGAAUCAUUAAAUAAAUCCAAUGCAUCCCUCCCAAGAGUUUGUAUACCGUGUUUUCAGUCUGUAUAAUGAGUUUGUAUACUGUAUUUUCAGUCUGUAUCAUUAGGGA